AUGGAUCCAAGGGCACCAUAUAGCCAGUCCUCUAGCUAUGUGGGCCUUUUGAACUCUCAAAAUGACAGUGUUCCCCAUUCAAACUUUCCCUUUGAGAGUUUCCCAUCUAGUAUCAACAUAGGAGAUUCCGAAAUCCCUCCCUUCGCUAGCCAACAUUAUGAUGAGGCUCCAUCUGAAUCUCAAGAGACACCAGUGGGGCGUAGGGAGAGAAAAAAAUGGACCCCAGCCGAUGAUGAGGUCCUCAUCAGUGGAUGGCUUAACACUUCUAAAGAUAUCAUAGUUGGAAAUGGUCAAAAGUUAGGGACUUUCUGGUUACGUGUUGCAGAAUACUAUGCUGAAAGUCCUCAUGCUAAAGCUACUGGUGACAAGAGAGGUCAUCUCAACUUGAAGCAGAGGUGGCACAAGAUCAAUGAACUGACAAAUAAGUUCUGUGGGGCGUAUGCAGCGGCUGAGAGACAACAAAGCAGCGGCCAGAGUGAGACUGAUGUGUUGAAACUCGCUCAUGAAAUCUACUUUGCUGAUUACUCCCUAAAGUUCAACCUUGAGCAUGCAUGGUGUGUGUUAAGGUUUGAACAGAAAUGGAUUUCACUCAACACUUCUAAACCCGGUGCCAAUGGUAAGAGGAAAACUGGUGAGGACGCUUCCAACCCUUCAAGCCCCAAUGUUGGUGAUGAGGAUAUACGCCCGGAAGGUGUCAAAGCGGCAAAAGCAAGAAGGAAUGGUGGUAAAGGAAAGGCUCAGGUUGACUAUGACCGCGUUUGGGAGAUCAAGAGGGAGGAUUUGGCAGUGAAGGAGAGUCUCUCCAAGCUUGCAAUCCUAGACACACUCCUACAAAGAAAAGAACCACUUAGUGAGGCUGAAGAAGUGUUGAAGAACAAGCUACUCGAACUGUUGUUCUAA